AUGGAUGCAAGUGAUCAUUCAAAUGAUACGGUCGGUGAAAAACCGUCAGUUGAUGUCGGAGAUAAUCCAACUGAGAAUGAACCAAUACACAAUACUCAAGAGACCGAAGCGACUGAAACUGUUCCGUCUGAACCUUUGAUAAGUGAAGAUGAAAUUAAAAUUGCCAAUCUGACAACAACUGUUGCCAAUCAAAGCAGUGAGAUUGCUGAACUCAACGCACGUUUAGUUGCUUGCCAACAACAUUACGAAACGAUAUUAGCUCGUCAAAAAGACGAUUAUUCGCGCGAGAAACAAUCGACUGUUAUGCGUUAUGCCCAAGCCGAAAAAGCUAAAUUAGAUUCGGAUAAACGUUGUGACACAUUAUUAGCGAAAAAUGCUGAUUUAACUAAAGAAAAAGAGAAUUUACAGAUGAAAUUAUCGGAAUUUAAAUUGAUGAAUACGAAAUUACAACAAGCGUAUGAUAAUAAAGCAGCAGAGUUAAAUACAACGAGAAAAGAACUGGAAAAAGUUAAAGAAUUGAAUCAAUCCAUCGAUGCGACGUUAAAAUCAACGUUAAAUCACUUGAAAGGAGAAUCUCAACAAUUAAGAGAACAACGAGAAUUGAAUGAACGUCUAAAAAGAGAUCUGAACGAACAACGCGAAAUUAACGAGCAACUCAAUUCACAAUGCAAACAACUAACUGAAACUGUUCAAGCCGUUCCCACUGACGAUGAACGUACACAAGCAUUCGAUACGUUACUUAACGAACACAAUGCACUGAAGUCCCAGUUAGCUGUUGUCCAAGAGGAAAAUAAUCGAUUUCUCGAGAAACUCAAGUCAGCGACUGAAGAUCAUUUAGCGUUAGAGAAUGUCAUUGAAAAUUUCCGUCUAAAUGCCGUUCGUGACAAAGAAACCAACAAGAAAUUGUACGAUGAUCUGUUAGCAGCACGUGAACAAGACUCGAUUGAAAUCUCUCGUUUAAAACAAAUCGAAAAUCUUCACAAUCAAACUCUAGCAGAUAAUGCUGAUUUAAGACAAUUGCUCGAGAAAGAACAUCAACAUCUGGAAUUAACUCAAAAAUUAACUGAGAAAAAUUCCGUUCUACAAACUAAUUACGAGCAACUUGAAAUAGUCCAUAAAAAGAUUAGUGAACAUCAUGAUAGUCUCAAGAAACUCAAUGAGGAGCAACACAGUCGAAUCGCACAAUUGGAAACUACGGAAACGGCUUUACGAGAUCAGUUAAAAGACUUAGAAGAGAUAUUUGGAAGUUUAAGCAAAUCACAUGAAGAGAUUGUCAAAAAAUACGAUGAUAGUUUAAUUGAAAUACAAACGUUGAAGAAGAAACAUCAAGCAAAUACGAAAGAUUUAAUCAAACAAUUGCAACAAUUACAGAAAACGAAAGCUACAGCUCAUGAUGAUGCAUCAUCACCUGCAUUGCAAACUAGUCAAACAAGAAACAUUCCAGUUAAAGAGAAUCUCGGUGAUCAUUCAUCAGGCCGUGGAUCUCCGACAGGCUCCUAUAGUUCACUAAACGAUAUGACGCCGCCUGUGCUCAUUUCAACAUCUGAUCAACCCUCUGUCACUUCUUCUGCUAAUAAUAAUAAUAAUCAUCAUCAUCAUCAGCAACAACAACACCAACAAUUAGUUCCUGCCGAUGAUGAACAAGAAGUCGUGGUCAGUAUCGUUGAUAUCGAUCGUCAAAAGUUAAUUGACAAACUACUAAAACAACAAAAACUACUCGUACGACGCAAUGAAAAAAUCGAAUUUCUCAAUGAUCAUAUUCAAUUACUCACCCAAGAUCUGCAAAACAAACGCAAGAUUAUACAAGCCUAUGCAAUGAAUGCUGACGGUUUUAUGUAUACGUCGAAUGAAUCCGAUCUAGCCAAACAACAAUUAGCAAAUAAAACUCGAACGAAUUCAACAUCCACAUCAUUGAUGGCAACGUUAUACAAUCGUGCGACAACGACAGCAGCAACCGGUAGCAGCUCAACAGCAAACAAAAUCUUUGAUCAGUCAGCACCGAUGACGUUGGAAACAUCAUUGGAUAUCAUGGGGAAAUUACAGUCGGUUUUAGAAGAUACACUUUUGAAAAAUAUUACAUUGAAAGAAAAUGUGGAUACGUUGAGCAAAGAAAUCGAGAAACUAUCGAAACGAACAAGAAAAUAG